UUUUAUUCUCAUCACAUGUUCCCCUCCCUCUGCUGCCUCCCCAUUUCUCUCCUACCGUUCGGCUUCAUCCUCGUUCUCCUCUGUGUUUCAGAUUCUUUUUGUGUUUUUCUGUUCAUCGGACAGAGUGACUCGCCACGCUCCGACUGCCCCCUUCUCCCCACAGAAUCGGACACUUCUGUGGUUGCAGUGAGACCACAAGCUCAGACACAGCUGUACAUGGAGACCCCUAGCUGGGCAGAAACGAAACCAGGAAACGGGCUGUGUAAAACAGGAAGCAUUGCUCUCUUUGGAAACGUAGUGUACAGUGGGCUGCUGAACGAUCACUUCUGGCAUUUCGGGGUGCCCCUCGUCACAAGACUGGGUAACCAGGAGGCCCCAGCUCCCCCAGAAGCCAUGGCUCAGCCGUACGCCCCAGCGCAGUAUCCUCCCCCUCCACCUCAGAACGGGUUGCCUGGCGAAUACACCCACCCUGGGCAGGACUACACGGGGCCCAGUCCGGUCCCUGAGCACGCUGCAGCCCUCACUAUCUACACACCCACACAGACACACAGCGAGCCACCUGGCACUGACAGCAGCACGCCUUCCCUUACAGGGACUAGCAGCAUACCACAAGUGGACGAUGUGGCACAGACAGACGGCUCCCAGCAGCUUCAGCUCCAGCCCUCAGACUCUUCGGAGAAGCAGCAGCCCAAACGGUUACACGUCUCCAACAUUCCCUUCCGCUUCCGUGACCCAGACCUCCGGCAAAUGUUCGGGCAAUUUGGGAAAAUUUUGGAUGUGGAAAUUAUUUUUAACGAGCGGGGCUCUAAGGGUUUUGGUUUCGUAACUUUUGAAACAAGCGCAGACGCAGACCGCGCACGGGAGAAAUUAAAUGGUACAAUCGUAGAGGGACGCAAAAUUGAGGUAAAUAAUGCAACGGCAAGAGUAAUGACAAACAAAAAAGUGGCCAACCCCUAUACAAACGGCUGGAAGCUGAAUCCAGUGGUGGGAGCUGUCUAUGGUCCUGAAUUUUAUGCAGUGACAGGUUUCCCCUAUCCAACCACAGGGGCGACAGUGGCUUACAGGGGCGCCCACUUGAGAGGCAGAGGUCGUGCCGUCUACAACACGUUCCGUGCCGCGCCUCCACCCCCUCCCAUUCCCGCUUAUGGAGCUGUGGUUUACCAAGAUGGCUUCUACGGUGCUGAGAUCUAUGGUGGCUAUGCAGCAUACAGAUAUGCCCAACCAGCCGCAGCAGCUGCAGCGGCCUACAGUGACAGCUAUGGCAGAGUCUAUGCAACAGCAGACCCUUAUCACCACACGAUUGGACCUGCAGCCACGUACAGCGUGGGCACUAUGGCUAGCCUUUACAGAGGAGGUUACAGUCGCUUCACACCCUACUAGAGAGAGAAUCAAUCCCCCGACCAAACAAACAAAAAAACAAACAAACAAACAAAAGAAAGCAAACACAAACAAACAACCCACCCACCUCCACCUUCAAGGUUUGCAAAGCGCGAACCUACCCCGAACAGUCACAUUUGGGCUAAAGCUCUGCUUAUCAUCCUGCGGUUAUCCAGCAUUUCUGUUGCUUGGCUAUUGAUUUGGAAUCUGUUUUGUUUGUAUUGAAAUGUGUGGUCCGGGAGGG